UGUUACUUUAACUCUAUUGAAUUUUAAACAAGAUAUAGCAUUACUAUAGAUUUUUAUUUUGAUGAAUUGAAACUUAAAAACCUAAUUAUAGUUGUAUUAAAUAAAAAAUAUAGCAAAAUAGUUGUGCAACAUGUCGACUCAGAAUAAUUCAUUAAAUAUUCCAGAUUUAGAUCAUUUGCAUGGUUCAGUUAUAUUGCCAUUAAGAAGUAUGUUUACAAAACCUAUUCAAGGCAGGAUAUUAAACCAUAUCACAUUAGUUAAAGGACUGUCAAACAUGAUUAUGCAUCAACAAAUUGAGAAUUAUUUUUGUUUUACCAAACUCAUUUUGAAUAAUUUAGUAAAUUAAAUUUUAAUUUAAUACAUACCUAAAAUUUAUCUAUUUACAUAGUUUAUAUAAAUGGUACAUUUUUCAUAGAAAUUAGAAAAAAUUGACAUUAUUGGUGAUUAUAUUUCUUUAAAAACAUUGGUUCUUUGUCAUAAUUCCAUAAAAGACUUAGGCGCGUUAAAUAAUCUAAAUGAAUUAGAAUACUUGGACGUGUCUCACAAUUGUUUGGAACGAAUAUUAAACUUCAGUCCACCAAAGAUGUUAUAUUAUGUUGACUAUUCAAACAACAAUAUAGAGUACAUAGAUGAUUUAAAUAGUAGUUGGAGUUUAACAUAUUUAAAUUUAUCCCACAAUUCCAUCAGAAACAUUAAUGGGCUACAGGAAUUAAAGUGAGUUGCUUAACACUGUAUAAUAUAAUUAUUAGUUAUACGAAUACUUAACAAUAAUUAUUUUAACCAUUAGAUGUUUAAAAUGUCUAAAUUUGUCUCAUAAUUUUAUUAAACAAAUAAGUGAUUCACUACCAUGUACAUUAGUGGAAAUAAACUUGUCUUACAAUGAUUUGGAACAAAUACAAUGGGAUAUGUCAUUGAGUAUGUGUAAAAUACUCAACAUUUCACAUAACAAAUUAAAAUUGCUCAAUUUUCUAAAAGUAAGAUUGUAUUUCUAAAAUUGUUUACUAAUAACAAAAAAAACUAUAAACUCUAAAGUUUAAAAAAAACGCUGAACUUUGUAUCGAAUUUUCAAAAAUUUUACAAAUUUCAUGAAACAAUUUUAAUCAUAUCAAACAAAAUACAAAUUAAAAAACUUGUAAAAUUCAAAUAGUUAUAAACAAUUAGAAAAAAAUUGCUAAUUAUUUUAAAAAUGUAACAAGUCUUAAAAGUGCUAAUAUAAUUAUUAGGUAAAACUUUCAAAUAGAUUUAAUAGAUUUAAUAACAGAAAUUAUUAUUUCAAACGUUUUUCACUAUUAUUAAGAAAACCCCUAGGAAAAUUAAAACACAGUCUCUCCAAUUAAUAUAAAAAAAACAUUUUCUUUUUUUAUAUUGGACCACAAUUUCUCAGAGAAAAGUUGUUAACGCUAAAAAAAAGCACACAUUGUAGUAAAACCAAUACAUUCCUAAUCACACUCAGAAUCUAAGAGUAUCUACUUGGAAAUUGAGAUGAAACUCAAAUACAGCAGUUUUUAAAUUUUAAAUUAAAUUUUUCAAAUUUACUAAUUUAAACAGUGUCCAACAAAGAUAUACCCAGUGUAAUAUCUCCUGAGGUAAUAAAUUUGAUCAAAUUCUGUUUUUUUAUACCAUUCAUAGAGGUAAAAACUACAAAUAUUUAUAUUUCAUUACUUUUGACAAAUUUAAGGAUAGCCAUUUAAUAUACUACAUAAUAUUCUUAUGGAAAUUUUGACGUAGAAACUUUUUAUUUUUUAUUUUCAUUAAAUUUGUGAUUUUUAAUCAUUUAUUAAGUCCAGAGGAAAAAAGUAUAGGUACAGUAAAUUAGCCUAAAAAAUAAUAGUUAAUUAGCGAAUAUAAUAUGAUGCAUAAUUAGAAGCACUAGUAUCUUUUUGAAAAUAAUAAAAAAAAGUUAAUUUUUUAUGUUUUUUUAUCAAAAUAUUGGUACAAAUAAUCAAAAUAUAAAUAUUUGUAUUACUUAUUCCUAUGAGUAAUAAAAAAAAAAAAAAAAAAAAAAAAAAAAACAGAAUUUGAUUAUCUUUAUUAUCUAGGAAAUAUUGUGAUGGGUACAUAUAUCUCUGUGGAACAUUCUGUAUAUAAGUAAUCCAAUCACAAGUUGAAGACUUAUUAAAAUGAAGCAAAGUAUAAAGCAAAAAUUAGUCAGUCACAUAAGAGGUAAAAGGUAGGAGGAUUUUUUAAUUUUUUUAUCCAAACCCAAAAUUGAAUUUACAAUUUAUUUUGAAUACAAUAAACAAUCCUCUGCCAAAUCUUGAAUUCCAAAGAUUUUUGUUUUUUCAGAGGCACCUUGCACUGACUUGACUGCUUUAAUCUGUGGAUCGCUCACACUAUUUACCUACCUUAUUAUUUUUAUUUAUUUAUACAAACAUACAAAUAUUUGCGAUCUGUAAUAAUAAAAAAAUAUUGUUUAAUAAAAUAUUAAAGUAAAAACAAAAUUAUUAAAAUGGUUAAUAUAUGUAAAGAAAAAAUUAAUUAAUUAAUAGAGUAUUAUGACAAGUGUAUACGACUGGUUUCAAAUUAAAAAUUCAUUAUCAGGUAUAUCAUAAUUAAAAUGAAAAACGCGACUGAAAAUAAAAACUAAAUAAAGGAAUACAUAGAAAAAAAUUAUACAAAUCGGUCGUUUUAUAUAAAAAUAAUUUAUUUUAAUAGGAGAGAUUUUUAAAAUGGGUUAUUAUUAGAUAUAAAUAUGUUAAAAAAUAUAAAUUAUUUGGUUAUUUAUCUAAAAUGUAUUAAUAUAAGAUAUUAUUUUUAAAAUAGGUUUGUACAUUUAAAAUAUUAUUGAAGUAAUUUUAGAUUCUAUUAGUUUUACUAAGGUGUUUAUUUUUUCUUUCUUUCUAGUCUGUGAACGUUUUUUCCUAGUAAACUUGCUCUGAUUUUUAUGUAAAGCAACUUUUCUAAAAGCUCAAGUUGUCUAAAGGGUACCUUAGAGAUGUAAUUUUUUAAAUAAAAGCACUUAAGUGGGAAAAAACGUAAAAUUUCACGAUUUCAUUAUUUUAUAAAAACAAGGACGACGUUUUGUACCAGAAAAAAUGAUUCAAUCGAAAAAUCAAAAGACACUUAUUUUUAUGUCUUUUUGAUUUACUUUCUUAAAAUUUAAGUAAAGUAAUUCAUGGUAUCAUCGCCAUUGAUGCAGAUGUUUAGUGGUGUGUCCAGGAAUAAGAAUCGUGAAUAAACCGUAAAUUCAUCUUCUCUGCCUAACUUGACUGUGAGAAUUGGUAAUUUAAAAGAAAGGUCAAUUUCUAAUCAAGCGUUUUCUCAUAACAUAGCUGAAAUAUAUGCAUUUCGACAUUAGAUUACCUAUAUUUGUACUUUUUAGCCAAUAGGGGGGAUAUAACUUCUAACCUCCUCCCCAGGGAACAUUAUUAGGCAGUACCCUUAACACGUCAAGGCGGUUAUAAUAUAUUCUAACCGCCUUGCCCUAACGAUACUUAUCACGGUAUUAGAUAUCUACCUACGAUUUUAGAAGACCAUGUACCUAUUUAUAAUUAUUAUUGGAUAAUACCUAGUUAAAACAUUUACAAGUAUUUCGUGUAGAUAAUAAUCAUAGUGUAAGGAAUAAUAAUAAAUAGGAAGGUACCAGGUACCUAUUAGUAAAUUAGAUUAUUAAUCUAUUAGUUUUAUAUUUAUAAAAAAAAUCAUUAUAGGUAUGUAAAACUAAUAUUAUUAUUAUAGAAUGCUAAACAGCUGUCAAUUUUGAACAUUGAAAACAAUAUGAUAAAUGAUGUACUUCAAAUAGAAUUUUUGAAAACGUUAUCAAAUCUUCGCGUUUUAAGUGCCGAAAACAAUGAGUUUAUUGAACUAAAUAUUCACAAAAAAAUAUUUUCAAACAAUCUGCCUUUUAAAUCAAUUAUUGAUCAAACAUUUAUAAAAACGGAACUCGUGCAGGUAACACAAUAUAAUAUUUAGGUAUUAUUAGACAAAAUAUACCUUCCCACUAUCAAGCACCUAUUUAAUACUACAGCUCCUCACGUAUAUUCGUAUGUAUGCAAUUAUUGGAAAUAUUAUUAGCCUUCUUAUGUUUAUCCAAUAAACGAUGGUGGAUGGGGGGAAAAGGGUGAUGAUUAACACCAAUAGUUAGUACCUACCACCUCCGGUUGUUGAUUCAAAAAUUUAAAAAAAAAAUAUUUAAUAAUUUAAUACUUACCUGUAUUAAUAGUUCAAAUAUUUUAUAUUAGUACCAAACAUUAGUAAUAAACAAUAAUAGUCAGUAGAUAUCAUGCAAAUUAGAAAAUUUUGUUUAGUUGAAAGACUCGAUGCAAGCAGGAUAGGUUAAUAAUAGUUGGGGGGAUCAGGGAAAAUUGUGUCUGUACACGAUUAAUCAUGUUACCAGUAACAAAAAUGUUAAGAUCCCAGAAGAUUGAACCGUAAUCAACGAUGAAGCGAAUGAGAGCACAGUAUAGAUAAAUUUGAGUAGGGCAAGUGAUCACGAAGUACUUAACUUGGGGGAUUUUCAGUAGGCCUCUUCAAUGCAUAACAUAAGGGUAAAGAUUACUGUUGAGUGUAAAUCCUCAUUUUCUAACGGAAUUUCCAACAGAUUUAAUAGGGAAAUCGUAAAUAGAAUAGGUAGGAGCAAUGGCAGAUUUUGAUUAGAUACCUCUUUUUAGACGAUAUUUUAUUUAAAUUAUACCGGUGUCUGUGGGAGAGUCCAUUUACUUAUUAGAAUUAGGUGUGUUACGAGUAAUAUAUUCUUUUUUUCUCCAAAUUUAAAUAGAAGUUAAAUAAUUUGGAAGUCAAGUCUAUGCUCGCGGCAAAAAUGAACGCAAUAAAAUCUACUGUUUUGGAACAUUUAUCUGGAAAAUCUCCCAUAGUAUGCCGAAAUGGCUCGUCGUACCAUUGUAACCGGGAAUCACUUCCUAUGGUAAUUUUGGUCGGUCCACCGAAAACUCGCAAGAAAUAUUUAUUGAACCGAAUACACAUGAAACAUGCUCGUAAAUUUUAUAAAGCAUCUAUUUAUACGACGAACGAUAGUGAGUAUAAAAAUAAGAUAUUUAAAACAAUCACUACGGAACAGUUUAAUGCAAUGAACUGUCAUGGAGAAUUUGUGUUUAGCUACCGAUAUUUGGGACAUUCGUACGGUUUGAGUUAGUAUACUGUAUACACACGUGAUAAUUAUAUUAUAUAAUGGUGAAUACAGCGGUAUUCACUUAGUACCUACGCACACUUGUUUAAUGUUUUUGAUUUAUUUACAUUUUUAUAUAGACGAAGACCAAUUAUUUACAUGUAUUAGUGACAAUAAAAUAUUAAUCACGUUUACAAAUUUAGAAGGAGCGUUAAGUUUAAAACUCAAAGGGUACAAUCCAAUAUUUGUGUUGGUAUUGCCAGAAGACAAAUUAUUCUAUAAAAAUUACAUAUCUCAAAGUAUUAUAGACAAAUGUGUGAAUCAAAACAGUUCACCCACUGAAAACGUAAUGAAAAAAAAUUCACAUUUUCGUUGUUAUAUUAUAUACCUACCUAUCUAUAAAGGUUAAACAUUAAAAUUUUUUGUGUCUAUAGAAAACUGUGUUAAAAAAAAUAACAGCUGAACAAUUUUUGAAUGAAACCGAUAAUGGUGUUAACAUCAGCAAUAGGUGGGUAAAUACAUUGACAGUGAUUAAUGAUUAUAAAUAUAUUUGAUAUAGGUACCUAAACUAUAAAAGAAAGCUCUCUUUAUAGUGUAAAAUAAAUUAUAAAUGUCCAUAGGUUAUUACUUAUUAUAUCUAAUAUAACCGUAAAAUGGUUAAAAAAAAAAGGCCCACCUACCUAAAAUGAUUUAAGAUAUCUUGAACCGUAAAUAUAAGACAUACAAAGAGAUAAAUAGCAGGUACCUACAUCAGCAUUCAACACACAUUAUCUAAUAACUAUUAUUGUCAACAAUGAAAUUGAAUUUUGAGAUUUUAAAUUUAUAAUAGUAUAAUAUGUUUACUGUUUUAGCUUGAAAACUGAUAUUUCUUUAGAAACAUUUACUGUUUGUUCAGUAGAUACUACUAAGAAUUCAAAUGGCGAAAUAAAAAAAAUGACUCAAGCCAAAACUAUUGAUGAUUCUUAUGAACCUUGUAGGGUUUUCACAAAUGAAUGUAUGAACAAUCUUAAUGUAUGCCUAAACUUGUAUGAAAAGAGUACAGACAUAUUUCAUUCGUUGGUAUACACACACAUGGUACCUACCUCACAUUAAUUUAUUAUAAACAAAUUUGGAUUUUUAGAUUUACGUUGAUAAAUCAAAAUGUCAAAAAACAGCGUUGACAGAAAUAAUUUCAAUUAUGAUUGACAUUUAUAAUAAUUAUUACCACAUUAACCAGAAGUCGGAAUACCGAAAACAGCCAAAUAAACAUAUUAUGCAGGAACACAUACAAGCUCGUUACGAACUGUUGUAUAAUGAACUUAUUGAAUAA